AUGGGAAAGCCUGAAUCCCCCCAGAAAUCAUUAGUGGAGAGGUCACAAUCGACGAAUUCGAUAUCAUCGUUGCUGAAAAGUCGUUUUAAAAAGAAUCCACAAGAUGAUAACAAGCAACAAAAGAGCCCACAUACAGAUAUCGUAGAGACACCAGAACAAGAUGGUGACAUUGCUCGGACCACUGAGGAACAAGACCUGACGCUCGAGCAGUACCGCAGUCAAAUAAAAGAACAGUCAACAACAUCCGAAGAAGAUCUUGGUCAUGAGCAGGACGGGUUUCUCAACAGAUGGGGAUUGUGGGGCCAAGAGCAACAGUCGUCUUGGUCUAGCUGGAUAGGGCCUUUUAAACAUCAUGCCGAGACACAGCCACAAAAUAAUGCUGCUAGUAAUGUAACAGGAAGAGAAGCCCGCGGAUGGUGGGGGUGGCCGUGGUCAGCAGCCGCGAAUGAGAAUUCAAAAGAUCAAGUAUCAGUGCGAACGAGUGAGAAUGAACGAGUGAAAGCAGCAAUUGAUCAAUUGUCUGUACUGGGCCCGCAAAUACAGCGAACAACAUCAUGGGCGUACGAAAGUCAUUAUGGAGAAAAGGGCGGCGAGCUAAGCAUCUUUGGUACAUCGACUUCAAAUUCGCCUGUCCAUUGUGAAUCGCUACCAAAAACACUGUAUGAAAAUCAAGAAGCUUCAAUCGACAGGCUCGAGGAGUCAUUCUGCGAUGUGGUACCGAGUCUAACAUACAAUUACCGGGACUUAACAAGAAGGACAAAAUUGCGACUUUUCCUAUCGAAAAUAUGCCCGAUUCCAUUGGUGCCUCCAGAAACGCACCUUUAUCACGAUCCGACGUUCAAUGAACCAUUGUUGGACAAAAAUGAGACGAAGAAGGCUCUUGUGAUAUCUAUUCAUGGGUUCCUUCCCUUCAAAAUGACCAAAUCGCUUAUCGGCCAGCCUACAGGAUCUGCUGAUAUAAUGACGGAAAAGACGACGGAAUGCUUGCGUGAGUGGGCAAGAAAUCACGGAAUCAAUAUUGAGAUCGAAACCAUAUCGAUGGAUGGCUCGGGAAGAAUUCUUGAAAGAGUCAACAAUUGUCUUUUUUUGCUGCUAGACAACUGGCUAGACUCGAUUUUGAACUGUGAUUAUCUAUUUGUGUCUUCGCACUCACAAACAGUGCCCGUGGCAAUCCACAUAAUAUCACGAUUGAUAACUGCAGGGUACCUUGACAAUGUCGAAAAGGCAGGACUAAUAAACAUUUCAGGGGUGUGUCUUGGUCCUUACAAAGGGCUCGACUCGAAGCUUUCCGUCAGAGCCUACACUCCUUUCGAAAACAAUAUUCUAAUGGAGCUCUUUGACUUCCAAGACGACGAAACUGCCCAAAGCAAGGAGCUCGUUCGACAUAUUGAGAUUAUUUUGCGCAAAAACGUCAAGCUGACUUUUGUUGGCUCGAUUGAUGACCAAUUUGUCCCGCUUUAUUCGUCUAUGUGCGCUCAUCUCAAUCAUCCGAACAUAUACAGAUGUGUCUAUUUGAAGGACGAUACUCCUGCAUUUUUGAGACAGCUUGUGACUCUGGUGAUGGUUGUGCGAAAUUUGAACUACGACGAUCACGAAUUGUUAGUUGAAAUCAACAGCUAUCUACAGGGCUCUUUGGGAGCAGGAAGUCAUGGCGAUAUAAUAACUAACAAAAAUGUUUACCGGGUGGGUAUCGCCAAUACACUAGAAACGUCAAACCCGGUUGUUCAGCAUCGCUUAAAUGUGAAACCGAUCAAUGUGAAAAAGUUCUGUUUCAACCAGUAUCAUCUGCCCUGGUGCCUGCGAGGAUUUUUGCAAGAGGCAUUGAAAUUACGCAAUUUUCCCACCAGAGAGCUGCUGCAAAAUUUGUUUGACGCCUACAGACAAUGGGAUCCCCAGUCAAAACAGCACAAGGACCUCAAGUAUACAAUCGAAGUUUUAGGCAAGUCACCCAUUGGGGAACUGUGUAUGGAUUAA